GAUGGGAAGUAAAGUUGUGUCUUACUGUUGCACAUGUGUCGUCACUUGCCUUUUUAUGAAUUAUCAACUGUGAGAUGAAGGUUUUGGCUCCUUAACCACGACCAACGGUUAAUCUGCUGUUUUUGAGUGUAUUUUUCACAAAACAAAGAAGAAGGAAGGAACCAAAAACCAAAAGUCAUGCUUGUGUUGGCACGAACAAGCAUGUGCGUAAUCAGUUGAUAGAAACAUGACAAGAGCAGCGGUGACUAAACUUCUGCUCCUCGUGAUCCUCGCCUUCAUCAUCUGCCUCCCGGAGUUCUUCACCUUGUACAGAGUGUCGAAAGUGAAUUUCCUCUGCCUUCCCAGGCGAACCUGCGUGCCAGGGAGUCAGGUGAAAAAGGCAGACAAUGGGAAAACUGGAAGAGCAGAUGUCAAGAAAAAAGGCAUGUGUGAUUCUUUCCAGGAUGCAGAUCCCGAGGAGUGGGAACAAGCCUGUGCUCAGGAAAAUCAAAACAACACGGCAUCAGACUCUCCAGAUGACAGAGCUGAUGAAAAACUGAGCUGGUUCAUAUGUGAAACACGUGACAUGAACACAGGAAACAUUUCCAGCGACAUUUCAUCCUCAGCACCACAGUUCCAGCUGGAGGUGUCAGUCGAGCUUCAGCUGAGUGACGCCGAGACCCUGAAUCUCACCUUGUUUGGCCGCAGCAGCCACAACUCCUUACGCCUCCGUCCACUCGACGAGGAGGAAGAGGAGACAGGUGACGAUGAAGGGCAGAAGGAGGCAUUCUUCUGCUGCCGGCCUCUCCUGCCCUCCUCCGAGUCCUCCAAUCAAAGUCGCUGUCUCCUUUGGCUCACCAAUCAAACCGUUUUGACGGCUACAGCGAAGGAGAAGCUGCCAUGGAAACGGACCCAGAAAGAUGAGUGGAAGUGUCAGUUCAGGGUGGUCUGGCUGGUUCUGCUGUGUGUGGUGCUGCUGGCGAUAGUUACGCUCGUGGUCAAACAAGUCUACAGAGGAAAACGCUUGUUCAGGAAAUCCCAACUGCACCCUGGUGGUUUCAAUGCAAGUCCGCAGUUAAAUGAUGUUCAGGGGCAGAUUGAAACCAUCGCUCCAAGAGGAGCUGCUCUCCACUCGUUUGAGUUCCAGUCCUGGUCAGGACUCUCGCCCAUUCAGGAAGUGGAGAAUCAAAAUGACAUGGAAACAUUACUGGAUGGAAAUGUUAAUCACUGCUACACAGGUAAUCUUCAUCAUCGCAGCCACUCGUCCCUGCCCAGCCUCACAGAGGAGCAGCCCCGCUGACAGCCAAUGAUCAUUAAAUUGACGUUACUCACAAAUAUGAUGGAAAUAAAAUGUCUGAGCCAUUUGAA